AAUACGAUCGAAUGGUUAAAAAAAGAAACGGUUGAAAUUUUCUUUAAUAAAAACAAAUUUAUUAAUUAAUUUAUUUAAUAAACAAAAGUUAUAUGAAAACAAAUGUGUAGCAGAGUGUGUGUGCAUUGGAGUAUUUAAAUUUGAAAUAAUAAAGAAAAGGAAUAAUGCAACAGUAUUUUUUGAUGUUGAUUUGAAAACUAACUAAACUAUUAUUGAAUCAUUUUAAAAUAAACUUUUAAUAAAAAUGUCCUUUUGUUUUUAACAAGGACUUAAAAAAUACUACAAACUACAACUAAACAAUUUUCUUUUAAUAGAUUUUGUUUAAUUUUAAAUUAUUUAAUUUUAUUCACGUUAAUGAAAUACCGGAAUAAUCGCGGCACAAUACUGCAAAUACAAUUCAGAACAUUUUUGGUUAAGAAGCAAUACUGGCACAGAAAAAGGUGUUUUCAAGACGCUUAUUGAACUUUUGGUAUUAACUGGAACUUUACUACGCAUUAGAACGUUUUAAAGGAAAUGUAAAUAAUUCGCCCCCUUAUAAAAUUCUAUUGAAAAAAGGGUUAAAAAUACACAGACACAACCACAGCACAAAUCGUUAAACAAAAUUCCAAAAUUUUGUACUUUUUAAUUAUUUAAUUUAAAAAACUUAAAACAAAAAUGUCUGCCGUUAUGAUUGCCAUAUUGAAACUAUUGUUUUUAUGCGCUUUGGCUCAUACUGUUAGCUGUUUGGCUUUUCCGGCCACCACUGUACCCAAAACUUAUGAAACUACUACUGAUCCUCCUCAUAAUAUUCCCGAAUAUUUAAUUGUACGUGGGGAAGAUGGUUCCCAGGAAAAUUCUGAUUACAAAUUGGCCGCCUCGAUAUUGCUGAAAUCAUUUCAGGAUCCUGUAGCCGAUCAAACAUUGGAAGAGUGCAAUAAUCCCUCCCAUAAAGCCGUCUUUUCACCUUAUGAUUACACUGUUUUAUUGGCCAUGUUGGUUAUAUCAUUGGGUAUUGGCAUCUUCUAUGGUUUCUUUAAGAAAUCGGGCAGUUCCUCGAAUGAAUUUUUAUUAGGCUCGGAAAUGAGCAUAUUCCCAGUGACACUUAGUUUGACUACUAGUUUUAUAACGGCCAUUGAAUUGUUGGGUAAUCCCUCGGAAAUGUACUUCCAGGGUACACAAUUUGUUUUGAUAGUUAUCCCUAUGGUCUUUGUUAUACCCGUAGCUGUUAAAAUCUUUUAUCCGAUUUAUUUCAAAAUGGAAUUGACCAGUUGUUAUGAAUAUUUGGGUAUACGUUUUGGCAAGGAAAUUCGUGUCCUUGGCGCUGUAUUGUAUGUGAUACAGAUGUGUUUCUAUACCGCGGUGGCUGUUUUAGCGCCCGCUAUAGCAUUGUCAAAGGCCACGGGUUUGAAUACAAAAAUAGCUGUGAUUUUAAUUUAUGUUGUAUGUGUAUUCUAUUCAUCUCAAGGAGGCAUGAAAGCUGUCGUUAUUGCCGAUACUUUUCAGGCUGUUGUUUUGGCAAUCUCUUUAGUUCUGGUUGUUGGACUAGGCUGCUUCUACAGUGGUUCACCUGUAGAGAUAUUUAAUACUGCUGCCGACCGAGAGCGUUUGGAAUUUUUCAAUUUCAAUUUUGAUCCCACUACACGCCACACAGUCUGGUCUGUGGUUAUUGGAGGCUUUUUCUAUUGGACCUCUCUCUUUUGCACCAAUCAAGCUUCGGUGCAGAAAUGUAUGUCUUUGAAAUCUUUAAGAUUGGCUAAAAUAGCUUUAGGUUUUGCCAUAUUGGGUUUGGUGGUCGUGUUCCUACUUAACUUCUAUACCGGUUUAAUGGUUUUCAAUCAUUAUGCCGACUGUGAUCCUUUGACAGCAGGACGCAUAACUGCCACUGAUCAAUUGUUGCCAUUUUAUAUAAUAAAUACUUAUGAACAUAUUUACUCAAUUGCUGGCAUAUUUGUGGCGGGUAUUUUUGCUGCAAGUUUGGGAACUGUGGCUUCGGCUUUGAAUUCGUUGUCGGCUGUUACUUGUGAGGAUUUAUUGGUGAAUGGCAUGAAUAUAAAAAUUUCUGCCGAUAAAGGUGCUCUUUAUGCCAAAUGGAUGUCUUUGGGUUUUGGGAUAUUCUCUUUUGGUUUAGUUUUCAUUGUGGAACGUUUGGGUGGUGUUUUACAGGCCACACUUACUUUGAAUGGUCUAAUAGGUGGCGUUACCUUGGGCUUGUUUUCUUUGGGUAUUGCUUUCAAAAGAGCCAAUACCAAGGGAGCCUUUUACGGUGGCAUUAUCUCUUUGAUCAUAGUCAUCUUUAUAGGUGUGGUAGCUCAAAUAGCCAAUGUUGAACCAGUAUCUUUACCAGUUUCAGUGGAAAAUUGUGAUUGUGCUGUAAAUGCUACCCAAACUUUGGGUUCUGUUUUCAUGGAAACUAUUGUGGAGGAAGAAGUGACGGGUUUUACAUCUUGGCCCAUAUUUAGACUCAGCUAUAUGUGGUAUUCCAUGAUCGGUUGUUUGCUUACCAUGUUUUUGGGUCUAAUCAUAUCGGUCAUAAUCAAUAUCGUACAAAGACGUCGUGUUUUCAAAAUUACUUCUGUACAAAAUGCCAAUAACAUUAAUCUGAACACCGAUACUAAUAUGAAAGUAAAUGAUAUAAUUGCUCCAACAAUUGCGGCUAUUUCUGUGGAUAUAAAGCCCUCCGAAGAUUGUGGUCAUGUCAAUCAUGCCAUACGUUUAGAUGAUGAAUAACAACUAACUGAUUCUUAACCCAAAGUAUUUUACAUUUAAACUUUAUAUUAUUCCAAUAUAUACAAAUAUAUAUUAUAUAGUUGUAUCUAUCGGAAAAGUAGUAGAUAUAACUUUUUGGAAUAUUUAUUUUCCUUUUUACAUUAUUUGUACAAAUUACCUCUUAGUCCUUAGUCAUUCCACUAGUUCUAGUUCAAAAUUAUUUUAGUGGUCUGUAUGGCCCACAGCAGUGAUACACUAAAACUUAAUUUUUAGUUUUUAAGUCUACUAAUGCACCAGUAUUUAAUUUUAUGAAUAUAAACUCUCUAUAAUAGUCUAAUUUUAAUGUUUGUUAAAAUUUCUUUAUUAUUUUGUA